GGGGUAGGAGGGGGCAGAGGGCGGGGCCAAACGCGUCACUACGCGAGUGUAGUGAGAGAGGAAGGGCAGAGCCAUGCUGCAGCAGCUGCAGUGACAGCAGCGGAAACUAGAGCGCUGGGGCUUAGGGUGCCCGCGCUCCGGGGCUCCACAGAAGGGUUAGACGGAGCAGGCCAUUCAGAGCCCAUGGGAAGAGGGCAUGGAGAGGAGGCAUCGUUAGCAGCGACCUCAGCUAGGCGUGAGUCGUGCAAUAGACUACGGGAGGCAGCAGAAGCCACAGCUGGUGGAGAGGGAGGAGGCGCAUCUUGUGCUUCUGGACCGGGCAUCACUGUGGAUUCUGAAGCAGCGCCCAGUGGGCGCUGGGAAGUGCUGAACCAACCCGAGGGGGAUCCAGGAGUCUUAGCGCCCACACCUAAGAAAUCCGAAAACGCGAAAUCGGACAUUUGACUCGGGCGUCCAAUUCCAGGCAUCUCAAGGUGUGGAUCCAGGUAUCUCGACAAGCGUAUCCCCACAUCAGCCGCUAGUCUUAUAGGAACCGAGAGCGCAUAGGCGGCUAGGUCAAGAUCAAAGAGAAAGGGUAUCAGGAGCCCCGCCCAGUGAAGAAAGAAGCCAGGAGCUCCACUCCAACACAUCUGGUAAGCCAGACCCGCUUACGGGUAGUGGGCGCUGGUGGAAGGGCGCACAGCGUGGUAGGCGGUAUGCGGGAGGAGACAACCUUGGCGCUGGCUGCUCGCGGGGAGGUUCGGGGACCCGAAGAGGAGCAACAGGGUGGGGGAGACUUUCCUGGGUCCGCUGGAGGUGGCGGUGGCUGCUGCAGUAGUGAACGCCUGGUGAUCAACAUCUCGGGGCUGCGAUUUGAGACACAAUUGCGCACCCUCUCUCUGUUUCCUGACACGCUUUUGGGAGACCCUGGUCGCCGAGUCCGCUUCUUUGACCCCUUGCGCAAUGAGUACUUCUUUGACCGCAACCGGCCUAGCUUCGACGCCAUCCUGUACUACUACCAGUCUGGGGGCCGGCUGCGGAGACCGGUCAAUGUGCCACUGGAUAUCUUCCUGGAGGAGAUCCGCUUCUACCAGCUGGGGGAGGAGGCCCUGGAGGCCUUCCGGGAGGAUGAGGGCUGCCUUCCAGAGGGUGGUGAGCACCAGAAGCCCUUGCCCUCUCAGCCCUUCAAGCGUCAGGUCUGGCUCCUUUUUGAAUACCCUGAGAGCUCAGGCCCAGCUAGGGGUAUUGCUAUCGUCUCCGUACUGGUGAUUCUCAUCUCCAUAGUUAUCUUUUGCUUGGAAACUCUGCCUCAAUUCCGGCCAGACCCCCGAAGUAGAAGUGAUGGUGGGAGGGUAAGUUCGGGGGGCCCAGCCUCUAGAGGGAGCCAAGAAGAAGAUGAGGGAGACCACUCAGUAUAUAAACUGUUAAAUCCCAGUGUGAUCGUUCAAGGUGGAGUUGUAUCAGGACCGGGGCCAUCGAACCAACUGAUCCCACUUGGGGGUCCUACAGAGUCUGCCUCCUUCUUCACAGAUCCCUUUUUUCUGGUAGAGACCCUUUGCAUAGUGUGGUUCACGUUUGAACUGCUGGUUCGUUUCUCUGCCUGCCCUAGCAAGCCAGCCUUCUUCCGUAACAUCAUGAAUAUCAUAGAUUUAGUGGCCAUCUUCCCUUACUUUAUCACCUUGGGCACAGAGUUGGUGCAACAGCAAGAACAACAGCCUGGAAGCACAGGAGGGGGCAGCAGCCAGAAUGGGCAGCAGGCAAUGUCCCUGGCAAUCCUAAGAGUUAUCCGCCUGGUCCGGGUUUUCCGCAUUUUCAAACUCUCCCGACACUCUAAAGGUCUCCAAAUCCUGGGCAAGACUUUGCAGGCCUCCAUGAGGGAGCUUGGACUCCUUAUCUUCUUCCUCUUCAUUGGGGUCAUUCUCUUCUCCAGUGCUGUCUACUUUGCUGAGGCAGAUGAUGACGAUUCACUAUUUUCCAGCAUCCCUGAUGCCUUUUGGUGGGCAGUGGUCACCAUGACCACAGUGGGCUAUGGGGACAUGUACCCUAUGACUGUAGGAGGCAAGAUUGUGGGAUCUCUGUGUGCCAUUGCAGGUGUCCUCACCAUUGCCCUACCUGUACCUGUCAUUGUCUCCAACUUCAAUUAUUUCUACCAUCGUGAAACAGAGCAAGAGGAGCAAGGCCAAUAUACACAUGUCACAUGUGGGCAGCCUGUACCAGAUCUGAAAGGAGUAGGUGGGGGACUUGGCAAACCAGAUUUCUCUGAGGUUGCCCCAGAAAGGAGACCCAGCUACCUUUCCACUCCACACAGGGCCUAUGCAGAAAAAAGGAUGCUAACUGAAGUUUGAUUAUUGAGUGGGAGAAGUUGGGGAUUAGGGGUAAGGGAACAAUAAAGAAUUUCAUUAGCUUCAUAGUCACCCUUAUGUAGAACCAAGGUCCUUCAUCACUACCUCUAACUGAAGUGACCAAAUGGUUGAAACCCUAUUGCCCGGACCCCUGAAAUCCACUGAGUGACCAUAAGGAUUGCUUCUUGAUAAUCCAAAAUUCAUGAUAUACUUCCACUAAUGUCAUCUGAUGAUUCUUACUUUCCUAACAAUUAUAUAGUACAUAUCUUCUUCCCUUACAUAUGCUCUCUGAAGACUAAUUCCCCAUGCUUUGUCUUAGUCUCAAAAGAACUAGAAUUUCUGGGACCAUUUUAAGACUCCAAACCUUAGUUUUCAUCUGCUGAAUUUCCAUCCAAAAAUGGAAGAUCAGGAAUAGCUUAUUCAAAUCUACUCUUUUCAUAUGGUGCCCUUUGUCAUCUGCCUGAUCAGAAGAUCCUGCCUUUAGCAUCUAAGUUGGAUCUAAGACAUUCUAAUCAUUCCUAAGUUUAGCUAGGAUGAAAGAUUUCAGUAUCUACCGUGAUCAUUUAGAUGUACAGAGCAAUCUAAGAACAAUAGGAUGAUGUGUGUGUGUGUGUGUGUGUGUGUGUGUGUGUGUGUGUGUGUUUUGGGACAAACAUGCACCUGUCUUUUGUUUAUGCUCAGUGCAACCCUUGGUCCAGGUUUCUCCACUUCCAGGGGGAUUGGUUCUCAAAGCCAAGUAGUGAUUACAUGCAAGUGCCUUCCUAUGCAAAGGAAAUGGGGACCAGGGAAUCAUCAAGUCCAGAGAAACACCAAAAUGGAAUCAUAUAAAACCCAAAGUUUUUUUUUUCUUCCAACUUGGAUCAGUUCUGUUGCCUCUGAAGGGUUGUAACAUUGGUGCAUAGAACAAUUUUCUCUAUUUCCCUAAGUGCUACACGGUAGCAAUUUUCAACUGCCAGACAAGCCCAAUACAAGAGCCCAGACAAGCUCUCCACAGCUGCCACACAAACUCACAUACCCUCCUUUUACCUGGACAUUUAAACUUGGGGAUGCCUCUUUUGCUUAAGCAAACAUCUGGCUUUAAACUGCCAGAUUGGCAGAUGCAAGGAUGUUGCAAAGUGGUCCAAGUAAAUAGUUCUGCAUCUAUACAGUGUUUUUCAUUUUCAUGGGCAAUAGGAAAUACAAAUUUCAAGAAAUUAGCAUUGAUCCUCGGUGUGCAGUCUUAUUGUUAGAAUCCUUUUGUUCUGUUAGUUGAGCAUCUGUGAAUUUUGCUCCUCUGAGCUAUGUCUUCUAUAGAGUUAAGAUAGUAACUAUAGAUAAUAUACAAAGAAUGUUAAAUUUGACAUCUGAGAUCUGGCUUCAAAACCCAGAACCACUUAUUAUUUAUAUAAAUAUGGUCAGUACUUUGCUUCAUUUUUCUCAUCUAUAAAGUGAGGUGCUGGACUAGAUGAUUCCUGAGGACUCUCCCUACUCUAAAUCUGUGACCCUAUGACUGUCAUUCACCGAAAUUUUUAGAUUGGGUCCUCCAUGUAGCUGCUACCUGGUAACCUUUGUUUUGUUGUGAUAUAUGGUGCAGUAUUACUCUUAUCUGUUCUGUGUGAAUUUCAGAAACCUGAAAGACUGUUAUCCAGGUUUUGACUUUUCCCCCUAAGGCUGGAACUACUUAAGACUUCUUUUUUCUUGUGGGUGUGUCUGAUGAUGAAUGUUCUUUUGAAGACUAUUCUAAUGAGUUGCACACUAGAUUAGAAACUGAACAGCCCCAGUUAGAAGACUUAGUUCCAUUCUAACUUCUUUGAGUGAUUUGGGGCAAAUUGUUUUCCCUCUCUAUACCUCAGUUUCCCCAUCUCUUAAAUGGGAUGUAUAAUCCUUUCCUCUCCCUAACUCGUAAAAUAUCUCAAUGAAAGUCUUUGGUCAGAUUGGAGAUGAUGUUAUGCAAGCAUGUGAUCUUAUUAACAGACUUUGGCAUUUUAAUCUUUGCCUUCUCUCUCUCAGUCUUAACCAAGGAAUAAUCCCUCCUUCUUGUCUCCCUUCAUCAGUCUCCAGAUUCAAUGUAAAGUUAACAGAAAAGAGAAUGUCAAAAAGAAACAUAUUUGAAUCCGUGAACUUUUAAAAAUUCUUCCUUAGGCCUGGGGUUGGGGCAAUCCUUACUUUAUCAUUUAUUUAGAAGGAGGAAAGGGACUAUCUAGUCAGACAAAGCCAGGAUCCUUCAAAGACAAGGAAUAAAAUCUUUAGCUUCCUGAAGUUGAAUUAUGGCUAGGGAAAAAUAGUUUUAUGAUACAGGAACAGGCCCUUAGAUAAAAGUCAUUUUUCUGAAGCUCUUCCUCUGUUUCUGUUGGCUAUUUAGAGAAGAGAACAUUAAAGACCUAGCAUGGGGACAAGGGGUACUUAUGUGGCACAGUGAAUACAAUUCUGGGCGUGCAGUCAGAAAGACUUAUCUUUCUGAGUUCAAAUCUGGCCUCAAACCCUUAUUGUGUGGUCCUGGGCAAGUCACUCAAUCCUGUUUGCCUCAGUUUCCUCAUCUCUAAAAUGAGCUGGAGAAGGAAAUGCCAAGCCACUCCAGUACCUUUGCCAAGAAAAUUCCAAAUGGUGUCAUGAAGAGUUGGACACAACUGAAACAAAGGACAAAGGAAUAUUCCUGACAGUGGAUAAAUAUGUGAUAUGUAAAUAGAAUCUUUCUUUAUAUAAUUGAUUACAAAAUAUUCCUUUUUAAGACAGUGCACAUAUGAAGUUAAAGGUUUGUGGAAAAUUGCUAUUUGCAGGGACUCCUUUCAGCCUGUUUUUCAUAUCUUCUGACCAGGACAGCCAAGGUAAACAAGAGAUUGCACAGUUCUGAUUUUUUGAAUAGAGAGACCUUGAUAUAUUCUUUUAGGUGCUACUGGUGGCCAGGGCAGGGCAUGUAGUGAUUUCCCGACAGGAAUCAAAUGAAUCUUCAAACUUCCUUUGGUCCUUCAUUCACCCUGAUCUCCCAGGCCUGACCUGCCAAUGUCCUUAGUCACUUCUCUUACUCUUCACUCACCUGUGUGCUUGUCAACUGUUCAAGAAACCAUUGUUCACAUGGACUCCAGAAAGACACAGGGAAGGCCUUGGAAGGGAGGAGUCUUACUUGGCAAGGAGACUGGUAAGAAUCUUUCUGACAGAAUGAUGGCUCUUUCUCCUCAGAAGAUGGCUGCUGUCAGGCCUAAUAGAGAGAAACCAAGUAAAUCCUCCCUCCUUUCAGAGAACUUCCCACCUGCUAAAGGGAAUUCCUUAUGAACAAGACAUUAAAGAAAAGUUUCAUAGGCUAACAUCUUUGGAGACCAAGGAUUGAGCCUAGUUUCUGUGAAGUUUAUUAAUUGUAUUCAUCUGAUGCUUUUGUCUGCUUCCUGGGUCUUUGUUGCUACAGCUGUUGCUGUAGCAGUGGGACAACUCCAUUGGGAAGAUUGUGAUGCCCAGGCCAUCUGGGUCCCUGAUCAUGGACCCAACCAAUGCUCCAAAGGAAAUUCUGGGGACUUCCAGCAAGAGCAUCAAUACAUCUCUAUAGAGACUUGUGCUCUUCCUGUUGCAUCCCACAGGAGAGGAGGGAGUAAGAGCUGCUGUUUCAUCUAAGGCAACCAAAUGUCUAUAUCAUGGUCCCAUGGGAGAAGACAUCCACAUUCAUAUGCAGCUCCUGAAGAGAGACAAGAGAGCCUUGGAAGACCAAGAAGAUCCUUGAGCUACCUCCAGUCACACAUUUCUCCUGUGAUUUUCUAUUAACAGAGUCUGGUCUACAAGAAAGAAACAUGAUGGGGAGAGGAAGGAAUGUGAUAUUUGUUGUCCAUGACAAUUAGGACCCAGAAGAAGGAUUGGAAUACAGUGCCAUGGGAUGUAUUUCCAGUUUUCACUUCUCUACCUCCUAAUGCAUCCCGAAGGGGAAGAGACUCCACACCUCACAAUAACUACUCAUUUUUGUGUCUCCCAACCUGUUUACUGUAAAGUCCUCCUGGUUUGGAAACCAAAUGACUCUUACUCCACUGGACAAGACUGUUAUUCACAUAUUCAGCUGCUGGCGAUUUGCACUCAUGAAGGGAAGCUGUAGGAUAAGUAGUCACUAACAACAAAUGAGAUGAAAGUCAUUUCCAUUUGAUUUGGGCUCUUUUUAUUGCAGUAAAUUUGCCUUCCAAAUUAGGUUUGCUGAGCUCUCAUGUAUAUUAAUUUCUGUUCCUUGUGCAUUUUCCAAGCUGUGUGACAAUGGAAAAAGCAUUUAGAGGCUCUCUGUGCCUGUAUUUCUUCAUCCCUAAAAUGAGGAUCCUAAUGCUUAUACUACCUACCUCACUAUAUUGUUGUGAGGAAAAUUAACAGUAUUUGCAGAGAUGGAGGACUAUGAAUAUGGAACAUUGUGAACCAUCCUGCCAGGCCCAAAGCAGCCUGGUUAAUGCUUUGGUUGAUUUUGAAGUACUGCUUUUUUUUUCCUCCUUCUUUAUUCUUUGUUAUAAGGAGUGGCUCACUGAGGUGGGAGGAGGGAUAUAACUGGAAAUGAAAGUAUUGUAAAAUAAAAGAUAUCAAUAAAAAGAAAAAUAAUAGUAUAAAAAA